UGCCUCCUUUCAACUAAAACAAAACCCUAGCUUCUUCUUCUCUCAAAGCUUCUCUCUCAAAACUCGGAGGCGCCAAGAUGACGGUUGAAGCAGUGAACCCUAAGGCGUACCCUUUAGCCGAUUCUCAGCUAGCGAUAACCAUCCUCGAUCUUGUCCAGCAAGCUACGAACUACAAACAGCUCAAGAAAGGAGCUAAUGAAGCUACCAAGACUUUGAACCGUGGGAUCUCUGAGUUCGUGGUCAUGGCUGCCGAUGCUGAGCCUCUCGAGAUUCUUCUCCAUCUCCCUCUUCUCGCCGAAGACAAGAAUGUGCCGUAUGUGUUUGUGCCAUCGAAACAAGCUCUUGGAAGAGCGUGUGGUGUUACAAGGCCCGUGAUUGCUUGUUCGGUUACAUCAAACGACGCUAGCCAGUUGAAAUCUCAGAUUCAGCAGCUUAAGGAUGCUAUCGAGAAGCUUCUCAUCUAGGUUUUUGUGUGGGGAUAUGAAUGAAUGAAUAGUCUACUCCAUUUAAUGGAGAAGGCUUUGAAGUUUAGCUAAUGAAGAAACGAUGAUUCUACUAUGAGUUUUUGAAGUUUGUAAUGUUUUUUUUUAAAUUUCAGAUUGUGUUACUGCCUAAUGCUUCUUUGAACAAGAACAAUAAUUUAUAAUUCCAGUUUCGUUUUAUUUUUCAUUAAAAUAA